AUGCCAGUUCUGGAUGGGCUUCGACACGGCGAGCCGGUCGAUGGCAGUCCCAGCUCCCACGUAAAUGGGUUUGACGCACGUUCGGAAAAUGUCAGUCAUGCUGCUCCGCGACAGAAAAUCGUCGUGGUCGGGUUGGGCAUGGUGGCUAUUUCCUUCAUUGAGAAAGUGAUCAAGCAGGACACAGAGCGAAAAUACGACAUUGUUGUCAUUGGAGAGGAGUCUCAUGUUGCAUACAACCGAGUCGGCCUCUCGUCGUUUUUCGAGCACCGCAAGAUUGAGGAUCUAUACCUCAACCCUAAAGAAUGGUACGGGUCAUUCAAAGAGCGAACAUUCGACCAUCAUCUCAACACGCGAGUCACCGCGAUCAAUCCCACCACCAAGACUGUCCAGACAUCCACGGGCGAUAACGUCUCGUAUGACAUCCUAGUUCUCGCCACAGGGUCCGAUGCCGUGCUGCCAACAAAUACCCCAGGCCACGAUGCCAAGGGGAUCUUCGUCUACCGAACCAUCUCUGAUCUCGAGCGCCUGAUCGACUUCGCAUCCCAGCACAAGGGCGAGACAGGCGUGACAGUAGGAGGCGGACUUCUGGGCCUCGAAGCCGCCAAGGCGAUGACGGACCUAGAGGAUUUUGGGAAUGUGAAACUCAUUGACCGCAACAAGUGGGUACUGGCACGACAACUUGACGGGGAUGCGGGGACUUUGGUGACUCGCAAGAUCCAGGAGCUGGGCCUGGAUGUCUUGCACCAGAAGCGAGUGGCGGCGAUUAACACCGAUUCCGAGAAUAAUGUCACUGGGAUGACAUUCGAAGACGGGGAACAUAUCGAUUGCUGUUGCAUCUGCUUCGCAAUUGGAGUGAAGCCUCGCGACGAACUGGGCUCUCAAGCUGGCAUCAAAUGUGCUGAACGAGGAGGCUUUGCGAUUGAUGAGAGCUUACGAACUUCUGUUCCGGAUAUAUACGCCGUCGGGGAAUGUGCCAGCUGGGAGAAUCAGACAUUUGGUAUCAUUGCUCCCGGUAUUGAGAUGGCCGACGUACUGGCCUUCAAUCUGACAAACCCGACCAAGCAACCCAAGGGCUUCACCCGGCCAGAUCUCAGCACGAAACUUAAACUGCUCGGUGUUGAUGUGGCCAGUUUUGGAGACUUCUUCGCCGACCGAGAUGGUCCCAAGUUCCUUCCAGGUCGACGGCCCUUGACUGCUCCUGGUCUGGGGGCAGAUGGUGCUCGAGAGAAAGAACCUCCUGUGAAGGCUUUAACCUACAAGGAUCCCUUUGGUGGAGUGUACAAGAAGUAUCUCUUCACCAUGGACGGCAAAUUCCUCCUCGGGGGUAUGAUGAUUGGAGACACGAAGGACUACCUCAAGCUGAACCAGAUGGUCAAGGCCCAGAAGGAGUUGGAUGUUCCUCCAAGUCAAUUUAUUCUCGGCUCUCAGAAAGACGGCGAAGAGAAUACAGAUGAUCUUGACGAUAGUACUCAGAUAUGCUCAUGUCACAACGUGACCAAAGGCGACGUCGUCGAGAAUGUCAAGAGCGGCACAUGCAAGUCGAUUGGCGAGGUCAAGUCUUGCACCAAGGCAGGAACCGGCUGCGGUGGCUGCAUGCCGCUGGUGCAGUCGAUCUUCAACAAAACCCUAUUAGAUAUGGGACAAGAAGUCACAAACUACUUGUGCUCGCAUAUUCCAUACUCCCGAGCCGACCUAUACAACAUCGUAGCGGUCAAGCAGCUUAAGACCUUCGUGGAUGUCAUGAAAGCCGCCGGGAAGAACCCAGACUCUCUUGGAUGCGAGCUGUGCAAGCCCGCCAUUGCAUCGAUUUUGUCCAGUUUGUUCAAUCCGCACAUCAUGGACAAGGGGUUCAACGACCUCCAGGACACGAACGACAAGUUUCUUGCCAAUAUCCAGCGAAAUGGCACAUUCUCGGUCGUACCUCGUGUUCCGGGCGGAGAGAUCACUGCAGACAAGCUCAUUGCAAUUGGCUCUGUGGCAAAGAAAUAUGGAUUGUACUGCAAGAUCACCGGCGCCCAACGUAUCGACAUGUUCGGGGCCAAAAAGCAGGACCUUCUCAAUAUCUGGACGGAGCUUGUGGAUGCUGGCAUGGAAAGUGGACAUGCCUAUGCCAAGGCACUUCGGGCAAUCAAGAGCUGUGUUGGGACCACAUGGUGCCGGUUUGGGGUUGGAGACAGUGUCGGCAUGGCGAUCCGGCUCGAAGAGAGAUACAAGAGUAUUCGUGCACCACACAAAUUCAAGGGAGCAGUCUCUGGCUGUGUGCGAGAAUGUGCCGAGGCUCAAAACAAGGAUUUCGGGUUGAUUGCUACUGAAAAAGGCUUCAACAUCUUCGUGGGAGGCAACGGAGGUGCUAAACCCAGACACUCGGAGCUCUUGGUCACAGAUGUGCCACCAGAAAUGGUGAUGCCCAUCAUCGACCGCUAUCUGAUCUUCUACAUCCGAACCGCCGAUAAGCUCCAACGAACAGCUCGGUGGAUCGAGAACCUCCCCGGCGGGAUCAGCUAUCUAAAAGAGGUGAUUCUUGACGACAAGCUGGGGAUCUGCGCAGACAUGGAAAGGCAAAUGCAGGAGCUCGUGGGGAGUUAUUUCUGCGAGUGGACCGAAACACUCCGGAACCCGAAGCGGCGCAAGUUCUUCCAGCAAUUCUCCAACACGGACGAGACCGUCGAGACCGUCGAAGUCAUUCACGAGCGAUCGCAGCAGCGCCCCACGUACUGGGCCAAGGACUCUGCCCAAGAAGAUUUCAAGGGCCACCAGUGGUCCAGCCUCGCGUGGCAGCCGGUUGUCCGCGCGGACCAUUUCUCUGACGAGCCGCCGCAGGUAUCAUCGGCCAACGUCAAGCGCGGAGACACACAGCUGGCAGUGUUCAAGAUCAAGGGCCGGUACUACGCGACGCAGCAGAUGUGCCCCCACAAGCGGGCGUUUGUUCUCUCUGAUGGCUUGGUCGGCGAUGACGACGCCGGCAAAUACUGGGUCUCUUGUCCCUACCACAAGCGCAACUUUGAUCUUAAUGGCGAGCAGGCUGGGCGCUGCUCGAAUGAUGAGAGCAUGAAUAUUGCUACUUUCCCCGUGGAGGAGCGGGAUGACGGAUGGAUCUACAUGAAGCUACCUCCUGUCGAGGAACUCGAUUCGGUGCUGGGGAUGGAGAAAUGGAAGGUCAGGAAGGGGGAGGCGCCGGAUCCCUUUCACAAGGUGGACAAUAAUUUCAAAGGAAUGAGAGGAAAGAAGGUUGCCAAUGGUGACGCGACGCGGAAAUCACCAGUUCAGCCAGCCAACGGCAUUGACUGGUAG